AACCGCGGGUAUUAUCCAAAGCACGACCGAAAACCCGAACUUUGAGCCUGGAUUCCAAUGCGGACACCAGUAGGCUCAGCUUUAACUCCAUCUCCCUCCUCUUCUUCUCCUUAUCUCUUCUCUCAUUCUCUGAGUCCUUCUCGUCUUCGGUACGCCGUCCUUGGCGCUGGCUUCGCCGGCCUCUCCGUCGCUUACCACUUGCUGAAGCAGUGUCCCAAGGACUCGAAUCUCCGCAUCGACGUCUUCGAUGGAGUCGGAAUCGGCGGCGGGGCUUCCGGCGUCUCCGGCGGCCUUCUUCACCCUUACUCUCCCAAAGCCAAGCUGCUUUGGCGCGCCGCCGAGUGCUGGGACGAGGCUCUGAGACUCUUGAACGUCGCCGAAGCAGCUGUGCCUCCAAACUCCGAUGAUGCUCCCAUUGUUAGAAGAAGAGGCAUCUUGAGACCAGCUUUGAGCAUGAAGAACAUGAUGGUGCUGAAAGAUAAUGCCCAGAAUGGCCUUGCCAGUUGCAGAAUAGAAACCAUUGACGAGGAUGGUGCCCAAAAUCUUGUACCCGGCAUCUGUUCACCGUUCAAUACGUCUUUUUAUAUGCCUGAAGCUGUUAAUGUCCAUCCUCAACGCUAUCUCGAUGCACUCUUCUUAGCAUGUCAAACUUUGGUGAAAGAACUUUGUGCUUCUGGAUUGGGGGUAAAAGAAUUGCAUUUGCACAAGGACUCCAUUCACAAACUGCUAGACUUAGAAGGGGAAUACCAGGCAGUAAUUGUAUGUCUAGGAGCCAAAGCAGAUCUGCUUCCUGAGCUCUCUGGGAGGCUUCCAUUGAGGACAUGCAGAGGUGUCGUUGCACAUCUGCAGCUUCCUGAUAACAUGGGAGGGGAGUAUCCAGGCUUUGGCCCCUCAAUAUUGUCAGAUGCUUGGCUUGCUGUCCAAGGACCUCGUAGUUUGUAUAUGGGCUCAACAUGGGAAUGGAAAUCAAGAAAUUCAUCAUCAAAUGUAUCUGCGGAUGAAGCUACAGAAGCCCUUAAAGAGCUUCUACCAAAGGCAUGCAGCAUUUAUCCAGUUGUAAAAGAUUGGACCUUUAUUGGAGCCAAGGCUGGCCUUAGGGCAAUGCCACCACUCACUCCUCAUGGGUCACUUCCUCUUUUGGGUUGUGUCAAUAACAUUAUAGGUCAAAAUCAAACUUGCAAAUACUGGUUAUUUGGAGGGCUUGGUUCAAGGGGAUUGUUGUACCAUGGUUGGCUUGGGAAGUUGAUGGCACAAGCUGUGCUUUCGUGUAAUGAAGAAUUAAUUCCAUAUGAAUUAACCUCUUGGAAAAGAACAAAACAAUAAUUGACACAUUCUAGUGAUGGAAUUUUGACUCGGCAUUUGGAGGUUAAUUUGCCCAUUACUUUCUUGCUCUAGAAAGUGCUUUGUGUUCUUGGCAGAAGUCAGAUUCCUAUUAUCUGUUGAUAGUUAUUAUCUUGAAAUGGUUGAUUUUCACUUGGGUUA